GCGCAGGCGCCGCUGCCGUCCCAGUCAGCAAGAAAGUAGGAAGAUCCCGCAGAGCAAAGCAUGGACAACGACGCUUUUCACAUGGACAGCGAGAAGCGUCAAUCUCUCCUGGAGUGGCUGCAGACAUUUACCGUCGACGAGCCCGUUGGGACAGGUUCACCAUCGACGAUCACAUGGCAAGCGAUCGCUGAUGGUGUGUUUCUUGCUCGCGUUCUCCACCACAUCGAGCCCGAGUACCUGAACCUGUCAGGAAUCAAAGACGAAGCAUCGAAUUGGAUCCUGAAACUCGCCAACUUAAAUGCAAUUGCCCGGAGCAUUGAGAACUUUUACCACGACGAAAUUGCCGUGCGAUGCGAAGUAUCGACGCAUGUCGACCUCAACCGCAUUGCCCGUGCCGAGGUUGUGGACACCAAUGUGGAGGUCGAAUUGGGCAAACUCGCCGCCUUGAUUCUGUACUGUGCGGUGAACUGUGCAGAACGUCAGACAUUCGUGGUUCGUAUCAUGGCAUUGGAGCAACAUGUCCAGCAAAGCGUCAUGGCGAUGCUGGAACAGCUGACAACAAUGUUUCCACCUGUGUCCCCGCUGCAUGGCCAUAGCUCGCCGACGUUCCGCAGGUCGUCCAUCGGCACGUUAGAGACCCCUAUCCGUGGGUUCAGUGGAGAAGAAACCAGCGACGUCAAGGAUCUCAAGGAGCGUUUGAGUGCGAUGGAGAAGAAGUGGCAGGACGCAGAGCAAGACAAGCGCUUGAUUACGGAAGAAUUCGACAAGAUCUCGAUCGAAGUGCGGAACGCCCGUCGGCGCGUCGCAGAACUUGAGGAAGACAACAACCGGUUGAAUGGCGAGCGGCAACAAGCCGUCGCGCGCGACAACAAGAAGCUGGAGGAACUCGUGAAUGCUGAGAAGCAUGUGUUAACUUUGGAGCUCCAGGCCAAGACGGACGAACUCCUCCAGGUCAAGAAGGAGUCGGGCGAGAGGUUGAUGGUCCUUGAACAUGAAGUCCGCCGGCAAGCGGACGAGUUGGACAUUUCGAGGUCGAAGCUCGUGGCACUGGCCAAGCUCGAGUCGACCGUGACCAAGUACAAGCAAAAGCUGGACGAGAUGAACACGGUCAAGGAGCACGUGAAGGAAGUGGAGGCCCAGAACGCGUCGUACUUGGAGAAGAUGCUCGAUUUGGAAAGCACGGUCAAAACCAUGGCGAGUUUGAAGGCUUCGAUUGAAAAAUACAAAAACCAAGUGGUCGAGCUGGAAACGACCAACGUUGAAGUCACGUCGACUCUCCAAGUGAAGGAACAAAAAUGUCGCCAGCUCCAAGACGAACUCGAGAGUGCCCAACACGCUAUGGCCUUUCUCGAGCAGCAAUUGGAGGAAUUGCGAACCCACGUGCCGACGGAUGGCCGUGCAACGGAGGAAGACCAGUACACGAGUGCAGCUGAUUUGCUUGGGGGCGGCGUCAACAUGCGCGAGCAAGUUGCCCGUUUGCAGCACGAGAAUCGGCAACUCCAGCAGCUUGUCGACAAUUUGUCCGCCGCUGGGACGUCGCAUGCGGCUGUCGCAACGCCGUCCACGGUGGGUUCGGGCGACAUCCUCACGCUACAAAAUGAACGCGACGAUGCUCUUCGCAUGAAGCAAGUGUGGCAGGACAAGGCUCUCGAGACGAAGCGGCAGUACGAUGCUCUGGUGGACGCCACCAAGGGUAUGCAAGCGGCAGUGGCUGCGGGAUCUGGUGUGUCAUCUGCACAGCUAGCGCAGCUGGAAGCCACCAACACGCGGCUGGCAACGCAGUUGCAGGCGCAUGAAGAGCAAGCCCGCAAGAUGGCGAGCAACAUUGAAGAAUCGGACUCCCUUCGCGCGACGAUCGCAGAACUGACCAACAGGCUGAAGGACAAGGAAUCGGUCAUCAACAAUCUAUCCCAAGACAAAGAAAAGCUCGAGACGUACACGAAGAAGACUCUGCAUGCAGUCCAAAGCAAGUAUAUGCUCGCCGUCAGUGUCCAUCGCAACCAGAUCUCGGAGCGUCAAGCCAAGGUCGAAAUGCUCGAAAACAAACUCAAAGAGCUCAAAGCCGGGCAAAAACGGGAGCAAGCCCUCCUCAUGUCGUCGUUUUACGAGAUUGGUGGGGAAAUGCAAAGAAGAACGAUGAUGCCUCAAACGCCGGCGGGGGCAGCUGGUGUCCCGCCCAUGACGGCUUGGCUGCCGUCCAAGCGGAUGGAUCGAGGUACCAAGCGCUAAAGAAGAAUCGGAAGCGCUAGGGGUAAAUGUUUUACGUCAGACCGGCUCGAAACUCUUGUCCGUCGGCAGAAAGUGACUGUCUCCAUAAAAGAUGCAUUCAACUCAUACAAUGUCUUGCGGUCGGUGUAUCGAG